AUGAUCACCCAAAUUGUUGAAGAAAACAAGGAAAUAAAAUAUCAUAUGUCCAAACUAACUAAUGUCUUAGCUGUAGGAGAGCAUGAAAAAUUCCCAGCACAAGCUCAACCGAACCCUAGGGGGCAACACAUGACACAAACUUCAGGAUCAGGAGAGACCAACUUGAAGGAAGUGAAUGCUAUAACCACUAGAUCUGGAAAGGUCAUAGAACCAAUCCCCAAACUUAGGAAAAGUGAGAAGGAUCCCAGUAGCAUAGAAGAGAGCACCCCUAGUGAAGAGACGGUGAAAAACUCAUAUAGAGUGCCCUUUCCUCAAGCCCUCAAGUCGACCUCUAAAUCUUCUAGUCAAUACAAUGAAAUCCUAGAGCAUCUCAAGCAAGUAAAAGUCAAUCUACAUCUCUUGCACGUGAUUUUCCAGGUCCCCACAUAUGCUAAAGUCUUUAAGGACUUGUGUACUGUAAAACGGAAGCACCAUGUCAAGAAAAUUGUCUUCUUUACUGAACAUGUGAGUGUCGUAGUUGAACAAAAAAUCCUGCCAAAUUAUAAGGACCCUGGUUGUCCUACUGUUUCUUGUAUCAUAGGGAACCAUAAGAUUGCACAAGCUCUCCUCGACUUAGGGGCUAGUGUCAACAUCAUGUCUUAUGCUAUAUAUUCGGCAUUAGGUCGAGAUGUGAAUGUUAACUCCAAGAUUCCCAUUAUUCUUGGUAGACCUUUUUUUGCUACAACUAACGCUCUUAUCAAUUGUAGGAAUGGUUUGAUAAAGCUAUCUUUUGGGAACAUGACCUUAGAUGUCAACAUCUUUCACAUCAUAAAACAGCCUGAGGAAGAUGAUGAUUGUCAUCAAACAUACAGGAUUGAUACACUCGUUGAAGAGGAAGCACAUGCGCUUAUUGACCCCAACCCUUUAAAUUCUUUCUUUUUAAAUUCUGAAAUUCCCGCAAGGGAUGAUAUUGGGGAAUAUGUUGAUAUUGAUGCUGCUUUUAAUGAUUUAUAG